AUGUCCUAUCUUGGCCUUGAAGGCUAUCAUGCUUUCGUGACAGGCGCAAGAGGCGGGAUAGGGUCAGCGAUAGUUCAGGAACUACUAGCUGCCGGCUGCAGGGUAACAGCCCACGACCUCAAGCCGCCUCAACCAGAAGACCACAAUCUCGUAUACCCAGUCACAGGUGACAUUUCCGAUGAAGUCUCCAUCUCGACAAGUAUAGGCCAAGCAAUCCUCCACAAUGGACAGAUUAAUAUCCUCGUCGCCAAUGCAGGGAUCACUAAUGAACAAUCUCACCCUACCAUCUGGGAAAUGGACACCGAGGUCUGGGAGAACGUCUAUCGAGUCAACAGCCGUGGGACCUUCCUGACGAUCAAGCACUUCCUCCGCGCAGCCAAGGACUUCCAGGACUGCCAUGAAGGUCGCGAGAUGGAAAAUCUAGCGAUAGUGGUAAUGGGCAGUGAAUGUGGGAAGUUUGGGCAGGCGGGACAUGUGGAGUAUGCUUCUGGCAAAGCUGGUCUCCAGUACGGACUCGUUCCGACCGUCAAGAACGAAAUCGUCAAGUUGAACUCGAGGGCGAGAAUUAAUGCUGUGGCGCCUGGAUGGGUCGAUACGGAGCUCAUUGGUGAUCGGCUUGAUGAUCCGAGGGAGCUGUAUUUGGAGAGUCAGGGGACGGUGGCGUUGAAAAAGAUUGCGCAGCCGGUGGAUGUUGCGAAGGCGGUGGUGUUCUUGGCUAGUCAUAGGGCUAGUGGACAUAUGUCUGGGCAGUGCUUGAGUGUAGAUGGUGGGAUGGAGGGGAGGAUCGUGUGGCGCGAGGAGGAGGUAUUGGGUACUGGUGCGUCGAAGUCUGCUGUUGUCCUAUCGAAGCCAGGAGAAGUUGGAGCCACCUCUGCUAUGUCUAGUACCCUACCACCACGCGUCUCCUCCUUGCAAAAACCAAGGGAUAAGCUCAAGAUAGCCCUCUCGGUCGACUUCGACGCCCUUUCAACCUGGCUAGGCACAGGCGCACACCCCGACAACAACACAGCCGACUACAGCGCGGGCUACUUCUCCGGCCUCGUAGGAGUCCCCCGUCUCCUCAAAGUCCUCUCCAAACUCCACCUAGCCUCAAAAACAACCUGGUGUAUACCCGGCCACAGCCUCGAGACCUUCCCCUCACAAGCCCUUGAAAUCGCAGCUUCCGGAGCAGAAUUAGCACUCCACGGCUACGCGCACGAAGGCUCCGCCCAGAUGACUGCCGAGCAAGAGAAAGACGUGCUAGAGAAAAGCAUCCAGCUGAUCCAAGAACUGACGGGAAAGAAACCAAGAGGCUAUAGAGCACCCCUCUAUCAAAUCUCGGAGCGCACCAUAGCACUGCUCCAACACCACGACUUCGUGUGGGACAGCAGCUGCACUCAUUACGACAGCAAACCCUACUUCAUGCCCCUCAACCCCGCCCCCAUCACUCCCAUCGACUUCUCGCAGAACCAAAAAGCAGAAUCCUGGAUGCAUCCAUCCCCUCACUUCGACUCCCUGCCCAAAUCCCAGCUCGUCGAGAUCCCACUGAAUUGGUACGCAGAAGAUGCCACACCCUUGCAAUUCUACCCUCACACCGAGAACUCGCAAGGGUACGUGGACGUCAGGGUGGUGGAGAGGAUGUGGAAGGAUCGGGUGGAAUGGCUGUUGAGCGAGAUGGCGGAGGAGGCGGAAGAAGGUGAACAGGAGAUGAAGGUUUUUGCGCUCGUGCUGCAUCCUGAUACGAGUGGGAUGGCGCAUGUGAUUGGUAUGAUCCAGCGGUUCCUGCAGUGGCUGGUUAGUCUGGGUGACAAGGUGGAGUUCUUGCAAUAUGGUGAGAUUGCCGAGGAGUUCAGGAGACGUCAAAAAGGAGUGUAG